AUGCUCUCCUACCAGGAUGAUAUUCCUGGACAUCCACUGUCUCCGCCAGUCUUCCUUCCCGAGCCUACCAGUACCUCUACCUCAGCUGGUCCUGCCACGAUGAAAGCAAGCUCUGGUCCACCAGUGCUAGAUAAUCCGGUUGAUCAAUCAAAUCGGCACCAUCGCUUUCAUCAAGACUCGAUGUCAAAGUAUCGGCUUGCUCCUACUGCUUCAGCAGAGCUCCCAUCGACUCCUCAAUCAACCGCUCUUCGAACAGAACCCAACCAUGAAAACUUCUUGGGAUCUUCUUGGCUAGAGAGUUUCUUACAUCACUCGGCGGGAAAUAGUAACCAUCACAACCACGAGGUCGCCAGACAAUCAUCCUUGCAAGACGUUCAUCAAGCACAAAGAAUCCAAUCACAAUCCUGGAUCUCUUCCCAACUAUUCCUUGAUCUCAAAUAG